CCUGGUGGUUCCUUCGAGGGGAUCUGGCAGCGCGGGCGCUGCGGGGGAGCAGGGCACGGGUGUCAGCGCCCUGCCUCCAGGGUCGGCGUGACAUCCCCCCCCCUCGGCCACAGCCGGUCCUGGUUUUCCUGCCCACACAGCGGCGCGUUCCCCACUCGUGUGCCAGCUGAAAGCAUUGUCUCCCAGCUAUUUCUGUACCACCCCCAGCCCCUCGGCAAAUACUGCAUCUAAGAAAACAGAUGCUGAGCUGGAGCUCCUGGGGGCCCGGAAGAAACUGGCUUAUUUCCCAUCGGGGAGCCGGUUGGUGGGACCGUGGUGGAACUGGGGCUGCAGACCCUCCUGCUCAGCAACGCCUCCCCGCCCCCCACACCUUGUUAAGUGUUUGGUUAAUCUGAAUUGCCCAAAAGAAUUUGCAAGUCAAGGGUGAUUACAGGUGUCUCCAGUUAGCACCUCUUGUGCAUUCCAGAGAGGAGCCAGUCCUUAAUCCCAUUGGUGGAAAAAGUACCCUCUCGAGAGGAUAGCAUGUCAGAAUUACAUCUGAUUAAAUUAUUUCUGUAUUUGAAAGCACUGCUCUGGCUAGAGCUGUCAAGGACACAGCCUUUUCUGUGCCAUUGGCCAGAGCCCUCAGUCCUUGUCCAUGACGACAGGCCCACCAUGUUUUAUGGGACCCACUUCAUCAUGUCUCCACCCACCAAGAGCAAGCUGAAGCGGCAGAGCCAGCUGCUGUCCAACAUGCUGUCCCGGACGCUGAGCUACAAGUACCGUGACCUGGAUGCCACCUUCUCUAGCCUGGGCGCCAGCGACGACCCUGCAGAACUCUCCACCCAGCUCUCGGCCCCUGGGGUCCUGAAGGUGUUUGGGGACAGCGUCUGCACGGGAACCCACUACAAGAGCGUCCUGGCCACCGGCAUGUCCAGCGCCCAGGAGCUGGUGAAGGAGGCCCUGGAGCGCUAUGCCCUGAGCCCCGAGUGCGCCAGCCAGUACGUGCUGUGUGACGUGGUGGGCCAGGCCGGUGACUCGGGGCAGCACUGGCAGGCUGAAUGCUUUCGGGUCUUUGGGGAUAACGAGAAGCCCCUCUUGAUCCAGGAGUUAUGGAAACCUCGAGAAGGCUUGUCCCGGAGGUUUGAGCUCAGAAAGAAGUCAGACGUGGCAGAGCUGGCGGCCAAGGACGUGGACACCAUGACCGCAGUUUCUCACCUUUGUCUUCUUGCUCUACUUUCAAAGCAACAGCCUCCACUGUCUCUUCCAACCUGUGGGAUCAACGCUCAAGCCCGGAGGCUGCAGCGGCACCGUGCCAAGGGAACCCCAGCCCUGGCUUCGGGGGGUGCGCGGAGCCCCCCCCCACUCCAGCUACGCCGCACCAUCAGUGAGAGCAGCCUGAGCGCGGCCACGGCCCAGGGCCCCGAGGAGCGCGGCCAGGACACCAUGCGCUACUCCCUCUAUGAGUCGCCCCACCUGCUCCUCCUGCAAGGCUACAGCCCCCAGCACGACAGUCUGGUGUACCUGCUGAACCGGGAGCAGCACACGGUGGGCCAGAGGACCCCUUCCAGCAAGCCCAGCGUCAGCCUCUCGGCCCCUGACAUCCUGCCCUUGCACUGCACCAUCCGCAGGCACCAGCCCCCGGGCCCAGACCAGGUGGGGAGUGGGCUGGUCCUGGAGCCCAUCCCCGGGGCACCCGUCUCCGUCAACUUCUCGGAGGUGGGGGGCCGGGCGGUGGUGCUGCGCCACGGGGACCUGCUCUCCCUCGGCCUCCACUACCUGCUGCUGUUCAAGGAGCCGGCGCAGGCCCAGCCCCUGCCGGCCCGGGCCCUGGCCAGGCUAAGCGCCGUGCCGCGUGGCUGCGGGGUGUGCGGCGCUAUGCUCCGGACCCGGGACGCCUCCACCUCCGGCUCCAUGCGGGCCACCCUGCCGCGGCCAAGGCUGCUGCACCUGGAGUUCGAGCCCGAAGUGGAGGAUGCACUGCUGCAGCGCAUCCUGACCCUGAUCGAGCCCAGCGGUGAUGACCACAAGCUGGCGCCUGCCUUCCUCCUCUGCCUCUGCGUCCAGCACUCGGCCACCCGCCUGGAGCCUGGCUCAUUUGGGCAGCUCCUGCUCAAGAUAGCUAAGGCGAUCCGAGAGACGGUCUGGGAGAAAACCAAAGAACUGGCGGAGAAGCAGGCACAGCUCCAGGAGCCCAUCUCCCUGGCCAGCUUCCCCAUGGCCGGCCUGGUUCCAGACCUGCAGCACAUCCUCUUCUGGAUGUCUAACUCGGUGGAGCUCCUGUACUUCAUCCAGCAGAAGUGCCCGCUCUACAUGCAGAGCUUGGAGGGGGAGCUGGACGUCACAGGCUCCAAGGAGUCCCUGUUCUCCUGCACGCUGACGGCCAGCGAGGAGGCCAUGGCGGUCCUGGAGGAGGUCAUCCUGUACGCCUUCCAGCAGUGUGUGUACUACGUCUCGAAGUCCCUGUACGUCUGCCUCCCGGCCCUGCUGGAGUGCCCCCCUUUCCAGACGGAGCGCCGGGAGAGCUGCUGCCCUGCCCCCCAGCUACCCGAGGAGCUGCGCCACGCCGUGUCUGUCUACCAGGCCACCCUGGACCUCCUGCGGCAGUUCCGGGUGCACCCCGAGAUAGCCUCCCAGGUGCUGGCCUAUCUCUUCUUCUUCUCUGGCACUCUGCUCUUCAACCAGCUCCUGGACAAGGGCCCCUCUCUGAGCUGCUUCCACUGGCCCAGAGGCGUCCAGGCCUGCGCCCGCCUGCAGCAGCUCCUCGAGUGGAUGAGGAGCGCCGGCUGCGGGGAGGCCGGGGAGCGCUUCUUCCGGAAGCUUUCCUGCACACUCAACCUGCUGGCCACGCCCCGCGCACAGCUCAUCCAGAUGAGCUGGACAGACCUGCGGGCCGCGUUCCCCACCCUGAGCCCCGCGCAGCUACGCCGGCUGCUGACCCAGUACCAGCUGGCCUCGGCCAUGGGCCCCAUGAGUGCCUGGGAGCCAGGUGUCCAGGACAGCCCCGAUGCCUUCAGGUCAGAGGAGGUCCUGGAGUCGUACGAAAACCCCCCACCCAUCGUGUUGCCAAGCGAGGGCUUCCAGGUAGACUUAGAGGCGGACUGCCUGGAUGACAGCAUCUACCAGCACCUUCUCUAUAUCCGCCACUUCCUGUGGAGCCUGCGCAGCAAGCCCAGCCCCGUCGGUGCGCCUUCCCAGCCGGAGUGCCUCGAGGACCCGCACCACACCACCCCGGAGGGGCACCCCGAGGGCCAGAGCUGCCCGCUGGUUUCCAGGGGAGCCCGUGAAGCCGGCCAGGCACGUGCUCUGCCUUCUGCUGGGGCUCCCCGCGCACAGGGCCCUCCGGGAAGGCAGAACCGCGGGGGUCCCCAGGCUGGCCCCUCGCACGUAGACUCCUCGUGCCUGCUGACGCCUCCCAGCACCCCACUUGGCCUCGAGCCUGCCGUCCCCGACUGGCCCGAGCCUGGCAGCACCUGUGGGAAAGCACUUCCAGAAGGGAGGAGGAACGUAACCCUAGAAGGAGACGGUGCGGGUCCCGAGGACGAGCCCCCUCCGGCCCCGUCCAGCUGCAGCUCCGGCACCACGGAGGACUUCUGCUAUGUCUUCGUGGUGGAGCUGGAGCGGGGCCCCUCGGGGCUGGGGAUGGGCCUGAUCGACGGCAUGCACACACCGCUGGGAGCGCCCGGGCUCUACAUCCAGACCCUGCUCCCGGGCAGUCCCGCAGCGUCGGACGGCCGGCUGUCCCUGGGGGACCGCAUCCUGGAGGUGAACGGCAGCAGCCUGAGGGGCGUCAGCUACCUGAGAGCCGUGGACCUGAUCCGCCACGGGGGAAAGAAGAUGCGCUUUCUGGUUGCCAAGUCUGACAUGGAAACGGCCAAGAAGCUCCGCUUCCGCACGCCGCCGCCCUGAGGCUUGGCCACCUCCCGCCAAGCUGUUCCCGUGUUCCUUGCUGUGGAUGAUGUACAUCUUAGUGUAUAUUUUAUUUAUAUGACAGAUAACACUAAGUUGUGAUGUUUGUUAUGGAGCUCUUAUGUUUAAAGAUUUUAAUGGAAACGUGUAGAUUCAAUAAACUAUAUUUCGUAAUCUCA